AUGUCGAAUACGUUGACAGAGGAGCAGAUCGACGAGAUCGGCGAUUUGAUGACAGCCUUUGACAUUGCUGAUGACCUUGGCAUUGAGGUAGAUGAAGACUUACAAAAUGUGGAAGAAGUCAAAAACUUUCUCCGAAAUCAUAUAAAGAAAUCCGGAAACUCGGCGACAGCCAAUCUGAAUGCAAUCACAUUAGUAAGACAGUGUCAGGAAGAAGACGAAGAGCGGCGUAAACGAUUACAGACUCUCUAUGAGAAUGUUGAGGAACAAUUAGAUAGCAUAGACAGUCACGUGGCCUCCGUGCUCCAACGAGAAGAAGUCAUCGGAAAUUUCACGGAAAAGAUCGUCAGAGCUUCACAGAGCUUGCAAACCGGCGACUGUCCGAUAUUAGUUGCAGGCGAGACUUCCGCUGGAAAGAGUAGCCUUCUGAACUUAAUACUUGGUGAAGACAUUCUUCCGUUUUCGCAUUUGAGUUCGACGUCAACGAUUUGCAUAUUGAGAUGGGGCGAGAGAAAAAAAAUGAGAAUAAAUUACAUGUUUGGCCGUAGAGCCGAUGAAAUUGAGUUGGAAGGGGAGAGUGAAGACGUGUUGAAAACACUCUCAAAGUACGUACACCAAACACGUGACCGUGAAAAGCGGAGUAACUACGAAAGUAUCGAAGUGUUCAUGCCUAUUCCGGUAUUGCAGAAUGGUAUCUUCAUCGUUGACAGUCCGGGUAUUGGCGAAAACGAAGCUAUGGAUAACAUCGUUACAAGUUAUUUAAAUGAAGCAUUUGCAUUUAUCUACGUCAUCAACAGUGCCAACGCGGGGGGUGUACAGGAAGACAGACUUCAGCGCUUCUUGCGACUUGUCGUCGAGAAGAAAAGUCCCGAUGAGCAGAUGAAGUUUAAUGCACGUGCCGCCAUCUUUGUCUGUAAUAAAUGGGACGCCGUGCCAAAGGUUGAGAGUGAAAAGGUCAAACAAGAUACAAUGAAGAAAUUACAACGUUGUUGGUUAGGAUUGUCAGAUUCUCAGGUGUUUUUCUUAUCAACGAAAAAUGCGUCAAUGGCGCUGAAACAUGGGUCCGUCACAAACGAUUUUGAGAAAUUAUUACGUGGAAUUCAACAUUUGCUGCCUAUCAGUCUUACUAGCAAAGUUCAAGUUCAUUACAGGUGGCUGGACUACUUCGUCUCGCGAGUUCUGCAUCACGUCAACACGUACCUUAACAAAACACGGCGCAGCACCAUGAACCUGACAUCGUCCUACCGUGUCACAGAACAGCGGCUGUUGAGACUGGAAAAAGAGGCGGGAGGCCUGAUUUCUUCCAUGAAACGGUAUAUGGAAGAGCGCGUCAAGGAAAUAGUCGGCGAACUGCAAGAAAUGCUGCGAUCUCAGGCAAUCAAGGUGAAGAUGCGAUCCUGGGAGGACACCGAAACCCCGACAGGUCUCACAUGGCCCGUCAUCGAAUCCCACAUCGAGACGGCCGUCACCGAAAAAUUGCACAAAGUGUUGUGUGACUGGGAUGAGGAAAAUCCCGUUUUUCGUGAACUGCAGCCUGACUUACUCGAAAAGUUCAAAGGUGAAUUGAAGAUGAUUGAAGGUAAAAUGGCUGCUUUGGAAACCGCCCUCGAGCGGCCUGACAUCCAACUAGACGACGAAGAGUUCGCAACCAAAGAUUUCUUUCACGACGAGCAGAACAAAUACAAACACGCUCUAAUCCAAAUGAGUGCUAAGAGGAAUGCAUCCAUCAGCUCAUCAUCAUCACUAUGGUUACCGUUUUCAUUUGUCAGUGCUAUAUUUUCGAGUAUUCCAACUUGGGUGACGAGGGCUAACAUUAAAGGAACCUACAAGCCGAGUGGGUUUGACAGACAAGCGGAGAAAAUGCACAUGGAGACGUACACAAAGAAUCCUAGCAAGUAUAUGACGGAGAGGGCGCUCUAUGUACUGGACAAAUUCGCUCAAACCGAAAAUGUUAAAAAGUAUGCGAUGACGCAACUGAAACCAGCGUAUAACGUCAUAACAAAACUGGAGAACACCGUACCGAAAAUGAUACAGGCGGACAAAGAGAUUAUGGAAGCAAUAAAACGAGACACCAGAAGCGUCGACGUAAUACAAAAACUGUACGGCCCAAUUAAACUGGCGUUCAACAACUACCAUGGACUGUUAUCGAAAUAUGGAUAUGAGGACAUCCGGGAAUUUGAUUUGGAGCCCGCAGAGUUCAAAGGUUAUGGGUCAUCGGCAGUUUCAGAGUGUAGCUCAUUUACAUACCACUACAUGGAGCUACGUCAUAGUGACGCCACGCAGACUACAUCGACUAUAAUGAAACGGUACAAGGCUGUUUUAAAUGAGGCGAGCGCAUAUCAAAUGAGAAAAGAAGAAGAUCAAUUCAGAAAACUUCGCUUUCCAAAUAUUCCAAAUCUAAUCGGUCUGAUUCAGGACCCCCUGUGUUCGUCAAAGAAACCGGCAUUUGUGUUCGAGGAUUGUAAGUGCUCACUUCGAAGAUUCCAGCUCGGAGAAAGCAAACUGAAGCGACCUGCCAGUUUCUAUAAACCAAUCGCUGUGCAGUCGGUAGUGUCUUACGUCAGUCAGACCGCCCGGGGUCUGGAUUUCUUGCACAGGAAAGGUUUAGUGCACAUCGAACUGUCGCUGGAUACUCUCAUGGUAACAGUAAGAGGAAAAGUUCUGUUGACGAACAUCAGCCUCCCACGAACAAUCUCAUUAGAUCCUGGCAGCGACACCAACGACAAGAACUUUAUGUAUCUGAGUCCCGAAGUCCUGGAAGGCGCACAGUAUGACAGCAUGGCAGAUAUCUACAGCAUCGGGCUACUGAUGUGGGAGCUGUGGUACGGGGAGAAAAUCACACAAGGGUUCAAGCAGCUGGUGGUGUCGUCGAGGGAGAGGUUCACGUCGUAUGUCUUGUCGUCUACGAGACCUCGCAUCGCUAGCGAUAAACCCAUGCACAAAGCAUGGCGAUCUGUUAUGGAAGAAUGCUGGUCCAAAGACGCGCACCUGAGGCCCUCUGCGUUGAACGUAUUCCACGAGGUAGAGAAGGUCAGAUAUGAAGAAGACUAG